CGAAUCCAGUAUUAGUGCGGUGUAGAGUGCUCGGUGUUUUGUAAUCCACUUACUCAAAUUCUCCUCUCUCUCUCUCUCUCUUUCUCUUUCUUCGUCUUUCUAUCUGUUCUUUUCUUUUUCUCACGUGACUACGAUCGAUUAGUGUGUAAAAAUGCCUUUCAAGCCCGUGGAACAUCCAAAAUGCCCUAAAUGUGGCAAAUCUGUUUAUGCUGCAGAAGAGCGAGUUGCCGGUGGACUAAAAUGGCACAAAACGUGCUUCAAGUGCGGUCUUUGCAACAAGGCUCUCGACUCGACAAACUGCGCCGAGCACGAGCGCGAGCUGUAUUGCAAAGUCUGCCACGGCCGCAAGUUCGGCCCUAAAGGCUACGGCUUUGGUGGUGGAGCUGGAUGCCUGUCCAUGGACCAAGGCGAACAUCUUCAAGCGAAGAACGAGGGUGAAUUUUCGCGAGGUUCGAAUGCUAUUCUCGAGCCUCGGGCUAUCGCCAAGGCACCCGAGGGAGAAGGAUGUCCUCGAUGCGGAGGAUACGUUUAUGCUGCAGAGCAGAUGUUGGCCCGAGGAAGGCAAUGGCACAGGGAAUGCUUUAAGUGUGCCAACUGCGCGAAAAGAUUAGACUCCGUCAACUGCUGCGAAGGUCCUGACAAGGACAUUUAUUGCAAAGUAUGCUAUGGAAAGAGGUUCGGACCGAAGGGUUAUGGCUAUGGCCAGGGUGGCGGCGCCCUGCAGAGUGACUGCUACGCCAAUGGCGAUGCGGCUCCUCGUACCACCGUGAUCGACACCGCGAUUAUCAAGGCUCCGCCCGGCAAGGGUUGUCCUCGCUGUGGUGGCGUCGUCUUCGCUGCCGAGCAGGUGCUCGCCAAGGGCCGCGAGUGGCACCGGAAGUGCUACAAAUGCCGCGACUGCACCAAAACCCUGGACUCGAUCAUCGCCUGUGACGGGCCGGACCGGGAUGUUUACUGUAAGACCUGUUACGGAAAGAAGUGGGGACCGCACGGAUACGGAUUCGCAUGUGGCUCGGGAUUCCUCCAGACCGAUGGGCUCACGGAGGAAGAAAUUUCGGCCAGUCGACCUUACUACAAUCCUGAUACGACCUCGAUUAAGGCGCCAGCUGGGCAGGGUUGCCCCCGUUGCGGUGGCAUGGUGUUUGCCGCUGAACAACAGCUCGCCAAGGGCACCAUGUGGCAUAAGAAGUGCUUCAAUUGCGCCGAGUGUCAUCGACCCUUAGACUCCAUGCUGGCAUGCGAUGGCCCUGACAAGGAAAUCCAUUGCCGCGCGUGCUACGGAAAGCUCUUCGGGCCCAAAGGUUUCGGAUUCGGCCAUAAACCGACUCUCGUCUCGACGAAUGGAGAUCAUGCCCCUUCAUACAUUGACGCUAAGCCCCAGGUCGGCCAGAAGCGAAACGACGGGCACGGUUGCUCGCGCUGCGGUUACCCGGUAUACGCCGCCGAGCAGAUGAUCUCGAAGAACCGCGUCUGGCACAAGCGGUGCUUCAGCUGCGGUGAGUGUAACCGUUCCCUGGAUUCGACGAACUUGAACGACGGUCCGGAUGGGGACAUCUACUGCCGCGGUUGCUACAACCGGAACUUUGGGCCUAAAGGCGUAGGCUUCGGAAUGGGCGCGGGUACCCUCACGAUGGCUUAAUUGGUAGGCCAUACUCCCUCACACGCCGCUCGAGGAAAACCCUCGAUCCAGUCUUAUAUAUUAAUGUAAAUACAUCUAUAUAUAGAGGCGUCUGAUUGUGUAUCCGACGACAGACGAACGCGCUGCUCCGGGAAUUUCGAUUUCUCCUAUCCUAACUUACGACGAUUCGAUAAUGUCGAUGACUACAUUUUCAUUAUCGCGAACAGUGCUGUAGUGGAGAAUAAUGGUGUCUGUUUGAUUCCAUGAUCGAUGAGGCUCGAUCGCGCACGAGUAAGCCACAGCGGGCUGUUGAUAAUGUUGCGAUAUGAAAUCGCGCAUUGUGUGCGUGAGAUCGUAUUACAGAUGAAUUUAUUAUUGAACUAAUUAUAUAAUCUAUUUAUUCGUAACACAAAACAAGAUACAAAUUUAUCGUUUUAAUAAUGGCACAGUACCUUUCCCACUCCAAAAUAUAUGAAUGAUUAAACAGCUCAAGAAAAUACGUUUAAAAGAACAUAAAAAAAGUACAGGAUUCUUUAUGUAUCAAUUAAUAGGCUUACUUAAUGAAACACAUUUAUUUUUUAAAAAUAUCUACCGUAAAAUUUUCUUUUGCCUCAAAUUCCAGAUUUGAAGGGACUUUGCCAUUAUUAAAAUAAUGCUUCAUCCAAUCGCAAGUUAUCGACAAUACGUGGAUUUAUUCUUGCAGUCAAUUAGACCCAUUCAUGCUCAAUCGUCACGAUGGCUUGCAUCAGGUGCUAUGAACAUUUUAUGGGAUUCGUAAACGUAUUGCAAGAGUUAAAAUUGAAGUAUCAGUUUCAUUCGAUUAAAUGUUCAAUGAUUCUACUAUGUUUCAUACAAUUUUCAUAGUAACCUGAGUGAUUCUUGAUGAUGACUACACUACACGCAAACGAUUAAUCUGAUGACGAUUAAUCUGAUGACGAACAAUUACGAACGUACGAAACUUUUAUUAUUUUCUUUCUUUUUUUAUUCUUGAUCAGGAA